UCAAAUCUCUAAUCCUCUCCAGACCUUCACCGCUCUCAAAAUGGCCGGAAGAGGCAAGUCUCUCGGCUCCGGCGCCGCCAAGAAGGCCACCUCCCGCAGCAGCAAAGCCGGCCUCCAGUUCCCUGUCGGCCGUAUCGCUCGCUUCCUCAAAUCCGGCAAGUACGCCGAGCGCGUCGGCGCUGGCGCCCCCGUCUACCUCGCCGCCGUCCUCGAGUAUCUCGCCGCCGAGGUUCUGGAAUUGGCCGGAAACGCAGCAAGGGACAACAAGAAGACUCGGAUUGUGCCACGUCAUAUCCAAUUGGCUGUCAGGAAUGACGAAGAGCUCGGCAGGCUUCUCGGAUCUGUCACUAUUGCAAACGGCGGCGUUUUACCUAAUAUCCACAACAUGCUUUUGCCAAAGAAGACCUCCAAGAGCGCUCCGGUCGACGAGGACUGAGUGAAGAAACACUAGGCUGGAGCUUUCCGAGUUCCCUUAGAAAGUCCAAUGUAGGGUGUUUAUGGUGGAAUUUGUACUUAAUUGGUUUCGAAUUUAAUCUAAUCAGAGAUAUUAGCUUAAUUGGUCCCAAAUUUUGUUUGUUUUAAUUUGUCUCAUCAACAAUCAAAUUUCACAGUUGAAUUACAAAUUACAAACCAAAAUUGCGCCAU